AUGGGCCUGGACACACUAGAGGAAGAGGAGGAGAAAGCCAGGUUCUUUGCACAGAUAGAGUUUCCUUGUAGGAAAGAGAAUGGGCCAGCAGUGGAGCCUUCUGCUGCAGCAGCAGCUGUGGGAGAGUCUUCAGGUAGGAGGGCAGUUCUGACGAACAACCCUGUUAGAGACUCUGGGUUUCCUCAUCUCUUUUUUCUCUCAGCCCACUCUGGCUCCCCACAAUACAGUGAAGAUUUUGAAGAUGAGGAUGGCAUAAAAGAGUCGCAAACGAAGAACUCUAAAUUGUCCCCAGCUCUUGUAAGAGGCCAGUUAUAUGCACAGAGUGUAAGGUCAGAGGUGGAGGCUCUUCAGGAAGCAUACAGACAGAUUCACUCUGUGGAGGGCUGCGAUGGUCACUGCUGUCUCCCUCUAGAGGAUGAAGGGAGGACCGAGAAGCCAGUCUCUCCACCGUCUCUUCCUCAGCAUGGUCAACAGUCUCUGCAGCCUUUUUCUACCAACGACUCAGACUUGCCCACAGAAGAGGAGCUGAUGAUGCCCAUACGAGCAGAAGACCACACCAGAGGCUUUACUCUGCAGCCUGUCAGUCAGGAACAGAGGAUGUUCCCACGUGUGACUCCAUCAGAGCUGGACCUGGAGCAGCCUGGACAGAGCCACUCUAGAACCACAGAACCACUCGACCUUGACCUGACCUCCAGUAUCAGGAAGGAAGUGGGAAGACUGAUGCAGGAACAGAAUAAACAUUUUCCCCAAACUCUCUCACUGGUUGGCAACGCAAAAAAAAAAACAACAUCCAAGGGCUCCUCUGUGUUUCGUUCCUGCAUGCUGUCUGAAAGGAAGCUUCCUCUCGCUCCAUCCAGAGGCAGGUUCGGGGACAGCAAGGCAGCUGGGAAGAUGAGCAAAGCUGCUCCACCCAAAGCCCCCCCCUCAACAAACAAAUCCACAAAAAAACAAGAACAAGAUAGCAGUGGUGCUGCAGCAGAGACAGGUGUGAGGGUAAGCAGUGAGCUGGUGGCGUCCGUUCAGUCCCUGGUGGCUGUCCUUGAGCAGCAGAUGAGCAGUCUCCAUCAUGCUGUGCCUCAGGACUGCAGCUGUACACAAGCCCCUCCUCAGGUCGCAGUAAGACAACAAUUCACCACAGACAGUUCUGUGAUUGAGGCAUUAAGAGCACAGCUGGUCCACAAGGAAAAGGAGCUGCAGAUGAUGAAGGAUGAUGUUGAGGAGGUCAACUCACUGAGACAACAGAACUACCUGCUGCAGAGCAAGCUGCGCAGUGCAGAGGAAGCCAGUCAGAGGGGAUGGCUGGAGGCUGCAAAUCCUGGCGCUGAGGACAAAAUCCAGCUAAUAGAGAAAGAAAUGAAGGAGCAGGAGAUGCUCAUCAAAGGUUACCAGCAGGAAAAUGAGAAGCUGUAUGUAGAGAUAAAGGCUGAGCACAGCAGGAGUAAAGCCAAUCAGGACGCCAUGUUUAAUGAGAACCAGGAGCUGCUCAGCCAGCUGGCUGUCACCAGGGAGCAGCUGAGAAGAAGCUCCAGGCCUGUGAGCAACGUGUGUGCAAUGGAUCACACUAAACGCAUCUCUGACUUGUUGGCUCAAAUCAACACCCACCAGCAGAACGAGGCCAGACUGUGUGAGGAGAACAGCAGGCUGGAGCAGGAGAAGCAGUCCCUGCAGGUGGAGCUGCAUAUGAUAAAACAGGAGCAGCAGUUGGCCAAAGCGCAGGCCUUCUCCAUCUCAGGGGGAGAUGAGAUGUCUGAGCUGCAGAGCCUGCAGCAGCAGCACAGGGAGGAGGUGGCAGCUUUGAAGAGUAAGCUGCAGUGGUUUGCAGAGAACCAGGAGCUGCUGGACAGAGAUGCUGGCCGGCUAAAAGCAGCAACAGCUGAGAUAGUCCAACUCAAAGAACAGGUGGAAAACCUGAAGAGGGAAGUAGGCAAAAGAAGCAGCAAUGUGCAGAGGAAGGCCAGAGACAGACCUGCAGACACAAAGAAAAUGCAGGAUCUGCAGCGGCAGGUGAAGGAAUUGGAGCAGAUCCUGAGAAGCAGGAACCCAAACUCUCUACCAGCCCUCAUCUAUGCUGCAGCCAUGGCCGCUGGCGGGGAGGUCACCUCCAGCAGGACGCACCCUCCCAGCACAGUCAACGUUCUUCUGGAGCGCAGGAUUCAGCGGCUGGAAUCUGAGCUGGAAAGUCACGAUCAAGAGGCCAAGCGAACCCUGAGGGCCAUAGAGCAACAGUUCCACCAGAUUAAGCUGCGCUACGAGCAACAGAUAUGUGAACUGGAGCAGCAGCUGGAACAAAGACAGCCGCCCGCAGCAGCGGCCACGGUGGCGGAGGCAGGGUCAAAUGCAUGGAUAUCUAAAUGUCAGGGUCUGGAAAAGGAGCUGCGGCGGGUAAAGGACAGACACCAGCAGAAAGACAAACAUCUGCAGGACCAGAUAGAGUCUCUGCAGCAGCAGCUCAAACACAAGGCACAGCCGAGUCCAGGGCGACACCAGCGCCAAGCUGAGGUGGCGUUAGGAGGCCGGAUCAAGUGGCUGAACCAGGAGCUGGCCACUAAGAGCCGCACCAUUCAGGAGCUGAGCCGGAUGGUAGAGAGGCUGCAGAGGGAGCCCAGGAGCAUGCUGUCUAUGCCCUGCCAGCGAUCAGAGAGCCAUUCAGCAGGGAGCAGAGAGCAGGAAUCUGCUGCUGCAGCAGAUGGCAGCACACUGGCAGGAAGGUUUCCUGCAGCUCAGUAUGAGAAGACCUACCAGCCGUCUGUGUUCACAGGAAGCCAUGUCUCUGAGCUGCAGCAAGAGAACGAGGCUCUGAGUCGGCGUGUGGAACUGUUCCAGCUGCAGAGUGAGCAGAAGAAGGAGGAACUGAAGGCCAACGCUGUUCAGGCAAAGGAGGAGCUGUUCAGGCUGAAAGAAGAAUUUGCAGAGCAGCUCUCCUGUGUGAAGGCUGAACACCUCAGGGUGCUGAAGCAUCUGCAAGCCACCCAUGCCCUGGAGCACUCAUCCUCCAAGGUUUCAGAACUGAGCAAUAAGCUCAACAACCAGGAGAUAGCAAUGAAACGCCUGCAGCAGCAGCUGAAGGAGCUGCAGGAAUGUAAAGAGGCUCUCUCCAUCUCCAGGCGCAGAGAAGAAGCUCUGCAGAAGCAGUUAACCAAACUGCUGCAGGAGCUGAAGGAAGCUAAAGAAGCUCAGAGCUCUGAGGUGAAACUUCUGAGCAGUCUGGAGAGGAAGAUCAUUAGCAUGGAGCUCAGACAUGAGCAUAGAAAGAAGGAGCUGCGGCAGGUUAUUGCCGAAACGUUUCAGAUGUCAACAGAAGACCUACAGUCAGAAGUGGAGCGGUGGCGGUGCCUGGCUCAGGACAAGAGCAGCGAGCUGGACACUUUCCGCUCAGAGCUGGACUCCAUACUGGACAUCCUGAGACAUCUGCAGAAACACGGAGCGGUCCUCCCCGCUCUCAAACCUGGGCGUACAGCCUGUCUCCUGUAGAGUACCAUGGAAUCUGUUAGCAUGGAAACUUCACCCUGCAGAGUUUGCACUGUAAUGUUAGCCAGCACAUAGACGACACUGUCCUGUUCUCAGAUCAGUGCUUCUAACAGAGAGGCAUUUUCAGAUUUUUGCAUCUAAUUUAUUAUUUAAAAAAAAAAUUUAAUAUAUAGUGCGCAUGCACUAACGUGUAUGCACCCUGUUGCGGUUACUCCUCUCAUUGUUUUCUUUUUAAAAUAUUUUAAAUCAUUUUUCAAUUAUUUUAUUUUACCACUUUAAUUAUUUUAAUUGGCUUGUGUAAUUCUUGUUUAUUGUUGUUUAUUGGUGAAUUAUCACCCAACGUAAAGUUUUUUUUCUGUGCUGAAAAUUGUUGAAUACAAUGUCUUCAGUACAAUUAGACAUAACCUUGUCUAAUAAAUGCUUAAUAUGUAAAAGAUCUAAAUUAAACUUCAUAACACUCCA